CUUUGAACAUUUUCCCUACCCCUGGCCCUCAGUGUAACGCUGAUACUGUUUAGAUACAACGUGCCAACAAUAAGUUCUUGUUGAAAUUGGAUGGACAACAAAGAUGGCGCUCGAAGUUGAAUCGGCUGAUGUUAUAAGAUUAAUUCAACAGUAUUUAAAAGAAAGCAACUUAAGAAGAACACUCCAGACACUUCAGGAAGAGUCAAGUGUAACUUUAAACACAGUUGAUAGUGUUGAUGGUUUUGUGUCAGAUAUUAAUAAUGGGCACUGGGAUAUAGUAUUGCAGGCUAUUCAAUCUCUCAAGUUACCUGAUAAAACACUCAUUGAUCUCUAUGAACAGAUAGUUGUAGAGUUAAUUGAACUCCGUGAGCUUGGUGCUGCUAGAUCACUUUUGCGACAGACUGAUCCAAUGUUAAUGUUAAAAAAGCAACAAGCUGAUCGAUAUCUUCGUCUCGAAAAUCUUUUGGCAAGAUCAUAUUUUGAUCCUCGUGAAGCUUACCCAGAUGGAAGCAGCAAAGAAAAAAGAAGGCAUGCAAUUGCACAAGCUUUGUCUGGUGAGGUUAAUGUUGUUCCGCCAUCACGUCUAAUGGCUUUGCUUGGUCAAGCUCUUAAAUGGCAGCAAUAUCAAGGCUUACUUCCACCUGGAACAUCAAUAGAUCUGUUUCGUGGAAAAGCAGCAGUAAAAGGUACAGAGGAAGAGAAAUAUCCAACUUAUUUGAGCAAAACAGUCAAGUUUGGAGUUAAGUCUCAUCCUACAUCAUGUGUUUUUUCACCUGACGGACAAUAUCUUGUGACAGGAAGUGCAGAUGGUUUUAUUGAAGUUUGGAACUAUCAAACUGGAAAAGUUAGAAAAGAUUUGAAAUAUCAAUCUGAGGAUAACUUUAUGUUAAUGGAAGAUGCUGUGCUGUGUUUAUCAUUCAGUAGAGAUAGUGAAAUGUUAUUAUCUGGAAGCCAAGAUGGCAAAAUUAAAGUAUGGAAGAUACAAACUGGCCAAUGUUUGCGACGAUUUGAAACAGCUCAUUCAAAGGGUGUUACUUCUGUUCAGUUUUCUAAAGAUUCUGGUCAAAUUUUAAGUGCUUCAUAUGAUCAUACAAUAAGAAUACAUGGACUUAAGUCUGGUCGAACACUGAAAGAGUUUCGUGGACAUACAUCUUUUGUAAAUGAUGCCAUGUUUACACAAGAUAACUACCAAGUAAUCAGUUGCAGCAGUGAUGGUACUGUAAAGGUUUGGAAUGUUAAGUCUGGUGAAUGUGUACACACUUUUCAAGGAGGUAUUGGAGGAUCAACUGCUGGAAUUAGAAUUAACUCAGUGCAUUCUCUUCCAAGAGCCAUGGAUCAGUUUAUCUUAUGUAACAAGUCAAGUACAAUUUUUUCAAUGAAUAUGCAAGGGCAGAUAAUGCGAACUUUCACAUCUGGUAAGAGAGAAGGCGGAGACUUUGUUUGCUGUGAAGUAUCACCCAACGGAGAAUGGAUUUAUUGCGUUGGCGAAGAUUUUGUUUUAUAUUGUUUUAGUGUAACUUCUGGGAAACUUGAAAGAACAAUGGCUGUUCAUGAAAAAGACGUUAUUGGCUUAUGUCAUCACCCGCAUCAAAAUCUUUUAUCGACAUAUUCUGAAGAUGGAACAAUGAAAAUAUGGAAAGCAUAGAACAAUAAGUUUAUUAUAUGAGCGCAAUCAUAUUGAAAAAGUUGGUUCCUUUAUGCGACUAAAACGAUCUAAGUUUAAAAAAAACGUUAGCCCUAAAGUUAAAAAACAUCCAUAUAAAUUUGAAAAUCAUCGGAUGUAAAUGGCCUGGCAAUACAUUGAAUAUAUUAUAUUCAGCAAUUCCCAUACUCAGCAGCCAAGUGAAAAUACAUUUUAAAGUAAAUUUUUUUCUAAAAAUGUUGCAGAAAAUGUUAAAACCCUUGUAUAGAUAUCGAUAAAACAUCUUAAACAGGAUGAUGUAUUUUUUGAUAAAUGGAUUAACCUUCAUUUUUGAUAAAUGAUUUUUCAUUUGUAAAAAAUUUUACAUGUUGUAUCAAUAAAAUCAAGUUAAUCUUUCUUGAAACAAAUUAUUUUACAAGUUUUUUUUUUCUAUUAUUUGAAUGCAAGCCAUUUAAGCCGCUCCAAACUAUUGACUGCUUCGUUAUGUAUCGUCUGCUUCAAGAAAAUUAAACUUUUUGAGCAGAAUAUAAAUAUUAGCUAUUCUCUGUUGUCGUUUUUUAUUUUAUAUUGUUGCAGAUAAUCAUAAAAAAAGCUCUGCAGUUUUUUUUUA